GGUGACAAACCUUCCGUACUCGGGCACCGACAUCGCUACUAGUGGAUGAGCUCACCAUCAAAUCAAGCGCGUGCUUUUCGCCGUCGUCUGUUUCGCGUUCCCGUUUGCCAUUCUAGGCUAGUGUUGGUUAGUAUCUGAAGUGGACUAGCUCAGAGUGUUGGUCGGUCGGUGCUAAAUCCGGGAGAAGAGCAAAACAGAACCCCCUGUUGGGAGAAUCCUCCGCCGGUCAUCCUUUUGUAUCCUUCAAUAUCGCUCUCCUAGAAAAGGUUCCUAGGAGCGAGAGCGCCACCAAGUCUGUGCCAAGAAAGGGCCCUAUCCUGUGCUCCCCGCCGAAGGUGAGUUUCAGUCUUCUUUCGGAUUCGGGACUCGCGUGAGCUUUCAAUCGUCCAUAUCCGUGGUCAGUUGCUGUUCCUAUAAAGUGAAGGAAGGAAGGGUGCGCCGUCGUUCCUCCGUGCCGUGUCCGUGUCCUCUCGAGUGGUCGUGUGAGAAAAUUCCUCCGGUUUUUGGAAACCGUGUGACGUCCUGUGGAAGAAUUCCUAGAAGGUGAAUUCCGUCAUUAGAAUCCAAGCAAGCCGGAGAAAGUAAAGUGUGCGGCGAUUCCCCGGGGAUUAAUCUCCCUAUCAGUGUGCUUUUGGUUUAUAGUUGGAAAGAUGCUGUGAUCGCUAUAAUUGUGUGAUUUUUCCUAUUUCCCCCCAGUAAGUAAGUGAAAGAGCGUGAAUCGAGAAUCGUAAGAAAAACGCUCAUCACCCGCAUAAGUUUAUUUUUGUGUCUGCCAGUGAAGUAAAAUUUCCUCUGGCCAGUCAGUCCGCGUUUUCGGUGUCUUGUUCCGUUUUGUUGUUUGUUGAAGCCAAGAAGUGCGGAAGAAUAUGGCGCCCGGUGUUGUCUGCGUGCGAAAGUGUCAAAUGCUGCUGAGACUGGAUCUAUCUCGGGGAGGAUUAAGCCGGAAAACGUUCGCGGCCAGCUUCCACCAGCUGCUGAAUGAUGAACCGCCUCAGCAACGUCAGUUCCAACACGGACAGAUGCUGAAGUUUUGCAAUCAACGGAAGCAGAGCGGGUUCGGAAUCGUAGUCGGCCAGGAUCCAUGGCAUCGAAUAGCAACGAGAGGAUAUUGUACCAGUAGCACUUCGUCCGGGCAGAUUGUCAGCAGUAGCAGCACCAGUAGCAGCAGCAGCAGUAGUAGCAGUAGUGUCAAUGAAGAAGUCACCGUCAAGUACGUGAGGGGUCUGCCGCACAUCACCGUUCCACUGCCAAGCCGUAACGAGCGCUGCCAGUUCACGUUACGGCCCGUUACGCACAGCGUCGGGGACUUCCUGGAGAUGCUCAAGGUCGAGGACCGCGGCGUGGACCGGGCGGCCGUGCUGAACCGGGACGGAGUCCGGAUAGCGUCCGCCUGCUCGGUCGAAACCCUGAUGGACGACGAGUUUUGGUUGCACCUCAACGACAGACAAUACUACGUGAGACCACCGAAACGGGAUAGAAUUACCUCUGAAGAACUCACCCGGCUGGGCGACGUGCAAGCACUGGUGGCGCAGCUCUACGAAGCGCUCAACGUUAGCGAACACCAAAUUAGGAAAGAACGGGAACUGAACAGCAAACUGGAGGAACUGAACGAGAAGCUAGGACCACUGGAAGUGAAAAAGACCGAACUGGACCAGAAGGCGGCCCGUCGCACCAGCAUGCUGACCUGGGUCGGGCUGGGGCUGAUGUCGGUGCAGUUUGGGGUGCUGGCGCGGUUAACCUGGUGGGAGUACUCCUGGGACAUUAUGGAACCGGUGACGUACUUCGUUACCUAUGGAACGGCGAUGGCUGCGUACGCUUACUUCGUGCUGACCAAGCAGGAAUACAUCCUCCCGGACGUCAAGGACCGGCAGCACCUGAUCACGCUGCACAAGUCGGCCAAGAAGGCCGGCGUCAACCUGGCCGAAUACAACGACAUCAAACGGAAGAUCGCCGAAAUCGAGCACGACCUGCGCCGACUGCGGGAUCCGCUCUACAUGCAUCUGCCCGCGCCGCCCCCAAAGUCCCCGAACUUCAGUGCCACGGAGAUUGCCACCUCGAAGAAACUGCUCCAGGAAGCGCUGGAAACGGCCAGUGCCAACCGGACCGUGUCCAAGCAGGCCGCCUCCAAGAUCAGCUCCCUGCUCGAGGGCACCGGGAGUCCGUUCCGGAGCAAAAAAUAAGAUUUCCUGAAUCCUCCCCCGUCGAAGACGAAGACGACGACAGUGACGCUAAAGAAGUCGUCGUUUGCUUUUUCCGCCUCUAGUUCCCUUGUUAGAAUUUCCCUUUUCCUAGUUCUUUAUCGCGUUAGGAGCCGAGCAGUAGUCGAACCACAACGACAGAAAUGGUUUUCACCACGGCCAUACUUCCCGUUUGUUACCGAAUUUUAGGAGCAAAACAGAAACUACAACGUCUAGAAAUACAGUGCAAAAAGUUCGAUUUUCCUACUCCCUUCUCUUUGAACCUAUAUUUCUAAACUAAAACGAUAAAAAAUGAUACAACAAGAAAACGUAACAAACACUCAAGUCACACCCACAAAAACACACACAAUCACGAAGGAGGGAUGAAACCAACAGGAUUACAGUUUUACUAGCGCAAACAUAUAUUUCAAAUCAAUCUUAAAGAAUAGAGAAAAAAAAAA